UACGGCCGACAAAACAUAGAGAAUGUAAGGAAGAAAAACGGUACUCGGAAUGAAGAUAUGGAUGAAGAUCUUACUACAGAAGAAUGUGAGUCAUCAAUGAUUACGGAAAAAGAUUCAACAACAGUGUUGCAUAAAAUGCAAAACGGGAAUGUGAGCAAUUCGGUGAUAGCCAGGUCAAAAGACUUAAUCUUAGUCCCCGAGCCAGAAAUGCACAGUCACAAUCACGAGAAUAACGAUGACGAAUUAAAUCUUAAAAAUGAUAAAAAACCGUCAAUGAUUGUUAUCAAAGAGGAUAGUCUUAAUUCGAAAACUUCUCUUGAAACGCUAAAAACCGGAUUUGCACCGGCGAGUUUGGAUUACAUCAGAGCGGGCUUUGAAGCCAUUAUAGAAGAUGAAGUGACUUCACGUUUUGAAGCUGAAGAACUUAAGAACUGGAAUCUAUUAACUCGAACGAAUAGACACUACGAAUUUAUCUCCUGGAAGUUAACUUUUAUAUGGAUGUUUGGAUUUGUCAUGCGCUACUGUUUUUUGCUACCACUAAGGAUAUUUAUCUGCUUCAUAGGGGUACAGUAUCUCGUAGUUGUAACAUUUUUUAUCGGCUUUCUACCCAAUGGCCGCAUAAAACGUUGGGCGAACAACCAAGCCUCCCUUAUUGCGUUCAGAAUAAUGUCUUGUUCUCUCUCGAGUGUGAUCACGGUCCACAAUCCCGAGUACAAACCAAAGAACGCAGGGAUGUGCGUGUCGAAUCAUACGUCCACCAUCGACGUCUGCAUUUUAUCCACGCAAACGACAUUUUCUUUGGUGAUGUGGCUGACAGUGUGUACUGCAGUAGUGGGCUACGUUCCCGAGGGUAGUUUCAAGCGAUGGCUCAACUACAGAGUCUCCAUAAUGUGCUUUGCUGUCUUAUCCAGUGCUCUGUCUUCAGUCAUCACGUACAACAAUCCAGAGAAUCGACCUGUUAGAGGCAUAUGUGUAGCUAAUCACACAUCUCCUAUUGACGUUCUCGUACUAAUGUGUGAUAAUUGUUAUUCAUUGAUAGGUCAGAGGCAUGGUGGUUUCUUAGGAAUUUUACAAAGAGCUCUUGCCCGUGCCUCUCCACAUAUAUGGUUUGAACGCUCUGAGGUUAAAGACAGAGAAGCAGUUGCGAAAAGGUUAAAGAAACAUGUAUCAGAUCCCACAAACCCACCGAUACUUAUAUUUCCGGAGGGUACGUGUAUCAACAAUACAUCAGUUAUGCAAUUCAAAAAAGGCAGUUUUGAAGUGGGCAGCGUUAUUUAUCCUGUGGCUAUAAAAUACGAUCCAAGAUUUGGAGACGCAUUUUGGAACAGUAGUCGAUAUUCAAUGUUACAAUAUUUAUAUAUGAUGAUGUCCAGCUGGGCUAUAGUCUGCGAUGUAUGGUAUCUCCCUCCAAUGUACAGGAAGGAAGGAGAGAGUGCCAUUGAUUUUGCGAAUAGAGUGAAAUCUGUGAUAGCGCGGCAAGGUGGUCUUGUCGAUCUACAAUGGGACGGCCAACUGAAGAGGAUGAAACCGAAAAAGGAAUGGAGGGAAAAGCAGCAAGAAGAAUUCAGUAAACGAUUAAAAGUCGAAUAAAUAGUAAUAUCAUUUCUAGUCAUAGCUUCAUAAUACGCAUAUUGCGUGAUAUUUGCUUAAACAAAAUCAUUUUAUUCAAUUGGCUCCUUCUGUUACAUAUUAUUUCCGCAUACGUCAUAAUAAUGAGGAAAAUCUAGGUGUCCCAUUAGUCUGCUUUAAAUUUUAGAUAUAAAUAUUUCCGCAAAUAUGACAGUUUGCACUUUUUUGACAAAUUUCUAGAUAAAAACCAUUGACAUUCUGACAUUAUGCAAAGUAAUGUAAUAUUAUACAUUUGCACCAUUAUAAAUGUAAUUUUUUAAUUUUGUGCUGAGUAACUACUGCAGCUUAUACCUUGAAAGAUUCGAAUUUUCAUUUAAAGUGCAAAUGUAAUAUUUGCUAAUUUUUAAUAGUAAGGUUCGAUAAUUACGGCAUUACGAAUUUAUUAUUUAUAUGUGAAAUGUAUAAUUAUAUUAAAACGUGUGAUAUUUUUUGCAUGUGAGUGUAUGUAGCAUAAAAAAAAUUUCCGAUUAUUCGUACGUACUAAAUUAUUGGACGUAGUUAGAUAGUUUAGAUAACAUACAUUAAUUUUCUCUUAUAUAUGAGAAGAAAAAAUGUUAUAGUUUUUGCUAUAGUUAAAAAAGAAACGAAAUAUUUAUUCAUUUUUCUGUCUAAAGAUUUAGGUGAAACAAUUUAUCACUUCAGGUUACCUAGAAAUAUUACCAGGUUUUCUAGAAAUACUGUGUACACGAUUGCAUUAUGUUAUUUUUCUAUUAAAACUGAAUAGCAUCUCAAUAUACAUACAUAUAUAUAUAUAUAUAUAUAUAUAUAAAAUAUAUAUAUUUUCUACUUUUAUAUUUUACAUACAUAGAAUGUGAACUUUUUUAGCGUUCUAUAUUGCAAUGCAUGUCAAUAUAAUAUAUGGUUAUGAAUUUAAUGUAUAAGUGAAAACACACGCGUGUGCAUAUUAAUGUAUCUAUAUAGAUGCAAUUCAAAAGACUAGGUUCAAAGGAACAAAA